CAGCCUAUGGAAGUACUGUUAAUACCAUGAGCUCUGCCCUCUUGCCGCAGCGACCUGAGCAGAGGACAAAAUCCGGACGAACGAGUGGAUGUUUCAUUUAAAAGUAGGUCGGGGCUGACUCUUGUACUCGACCGAGACACUCCGCGGUGUUGUGUUCUUUCGUUUGGAGAAAGAAGCCAGCAGCUAGCGCUUGAGAAAAGAAAACAUCGAAGCAAAACACAGGGCCCCGAGUGGCGUUCGACUCGCCUCACCGCUGGAUCGUCAUCAACGUAUCCUCACCGAGACGAAUAAACGACGAGAGUUGGAUUUUUUCCCUCCUCUGCUGCAGCCUGGAGGUUUUGCUGCCUGGCAGAGUAUGCUAAAUAAUGAGCCAAAGGGACACACUGGUUCAUUUGUUCGCCGGGGGAUGUGGGGGCACAGUGGGGGCCAUUUUGACGUGUCCUCUAGAAGUGGUGAAGACCAGACUGCAGUCCUCCUCCGUCACAUUUUACAUCUCUGAAGUCCAACUCAGCACCGUAAACGGAGCUAGCGUCGCACGUGUCGCCCCGCCAGGGCUUUUGCACUGUCUCAAGCUAAUCUUCGAAAGAGAAGGCCCGCGCUCACUAUUUAGAGGACUAGGACCCAACCUUGUGGGCGUGGCCCCCUCCAGGGCGAUCUACUUUGCUGCCUAUUCAACAGCCAAGGAGAAGCUAAAUGGCGUGCUGGAGCCAGACUCCACCCAGGUGCACAUGGUGUCUGCUGGGAUGGCAGGCUUCACCGCCAUAACAGCCACCAACCCCAUAUGGCUGAUAAAAACCCGCAUGCAGCUCGACUCCAGGAACUGGGGUGAACGCCGCAUGAACGCGUUCGACUGUGUUCGGCGGGUGUACCAGAUGGACGGCUUGCGCGGUUUUUAUAAGGGCAUGUCGGCGUCCUACGCCGGCAUUUCCGAGACGGUCAUCCAUUUUGUCAUCUACGAAAGCAUCAAACAGAGGCUGCUGCAGUCACGGGCCCAAACUAGCAUGGAGGGCGAGGAGGAAUCGGUCAAGGACGCCUAUGACUUUGUGGGCAUGAUGCUCGCCGCCGCCACUUCCAAGACCUGCGCUAGCACCAUUGCGUACCCGCACGAGGUCAUCCGCACAAGGCUACGAGAAGAAGGCAGCAAGUACCGCUCUUUCUUCCAAACUCUACUGACCGUCCCGAGAGAAGAAGGAUACCGGGCGCUGUACCGCGGCCUCACCACGCACCUGGUCAGACAGAUUCCCAACACGGCCAUCAUGAUGUGCACCUACGAAGUGGUCGUCUACCUGUUGGGCCGCUAGCCGACGAAACCGAGACCAAAGGAAAACUGCUGACGCGGACCAGCAAAAAGUACAAGUAACGAAGCCCUUUGGUACCAUUUCAACCUCAAGACUGCUAAAUCCUGUCCUGAAGAGAAAGACUGCUGAAUGUUGACUCGGAUGAGAGAUGGAGAAGGAAGGAAAGUUGCCUAAUUGGGAGAUGAGCACAAUUCAGUGGCCUUAAGUUGUAGUUACGACGCUUGACUCGCUGCUUUCCGGUCCGGUUGUGAAUAUUUCGAAAGGGGGAGUGCUUGAAGAACGGUCUAUUUCCUGGUGGCGUCACGUCAAAAUGAAGUAAAUGUUGUUUUAGAGCAAAUUAAAAAGGAUAAAUGUCAUACAAACUUAUGCUAGCUCUGAACAGCUAACGUUUUUGUAGCGCCAAGCUAACCAAAUUUAUUAUUUUUAGGGCCCGAGCACCAACUGGUGCAAAGGCCCUAUUGUUCUGCAAAGGAUUAUUAUUAUUCUUUUUUCGUGGCAAAUGAAAGUGGCAAAUUCAGAGGUCUUAACAUGCUCAAAAACUCACCAAAAUUUGCACAAACAUGCGGAUUCGUUAAAAUUUCGAUAAUUUGGCAAUGUUGUGAAAAAAUGGCUCAGUGGCGCCCCCUGGAAUUUUUUAAAAAGGCCUCUCCAUUUAGGUUUUUCAAACGCAGAGCAGUGAAAUUUGCGUAGAUUAUACCUUGUGCAAAAAUGUUCAAAAAGUCUCUUGCACCCAUAUUCCAAACCCAAAAGGAAAUCAGGUAUUUGGAUUGAAUAUUGAAAAACAUGCCAUUUUUGUCGAAAACCAGGGUGCACGUUUCAGACCAUUCGCCGAGGCAGUUAGUUGGAUGCUCCUCAAAAUUGGUGACACUCUUCAUGAGACAUAUGAGAUGUUAUCGCAAUGUUGUGAAAAAAUGCCUCAGUGGGGCCUCCUGGAAUUUUAAAAAAAGGCCUCUCGAUUUAGGUUUUUCAAACGUAGAACAAUGAAAUUUGCGUAGAUGAUACGUUGUGCAAAAAUGCCUCAAAAAGUCUCCUGCACCCAUAUUCCAAACCCAACAGGCAAUCGGGUAUUUUGGAUUGAAUGUUGAAAAACAUGCCAUUUUUGUCGAAAACCAGGGUGCACGUUUGAGACCAUUGCGCCGAGGCAGUUAGUUGGAUCCUCCUCAAAAUUGGUGACACUCUUCAUGAGACAUAUGAGAUGUUAUCGCAAUUUUGUGAAAAAAUGGCUCAGUGGUGCCCCCUAGAAUUUUUUAAAAAGACCCCUCCAUUUAGGUUUUUCAAACGUAGAGCAAUGAAAUUUUGUGUAGAUGAUACCUUGUGCAAAAAUGCUUCAAAAAGUCUCUUGCACCCAUAUUCCAAACCCAAGAGGAAAUCGGGUAUUUUGGAUCGAAUGUUGAAAAACAUGCCAUUUUUGUCGAAAACCAGGGUGCACGUUUGAGACCAUUGCGCCGAGGCAGUUUGUUGGAUCCUCCUCAAAAUUGGUGACACUCUUCAUGAGACAUAUGGAAUGUUAAGUUAUCAAAAUAGUGAGUUUUCAUUCACGGGCAUGACCUGGGCGGAGUACCAAAGUCGGGCUUAUUUGGGGGUUAGGGUUAGGGAUUCUUCAGGGCAAAUGAAAAUGGCCAAUUUGAAGUUCUGAACAUGCUUAAAAACUCAAGAAAAUUUGCACAUAUCAAAAUUGUGAGUUUUCAUUCACGGGCCUGACCUGUGCGGGGUGCCAAAGUUGGGCGCUUUUUGGUGUUCAGGGUUAGGGUUAGGGCUUAGGGUGAGGGCUUCUUCAUAGCAAAUGAAAAUGGCCAAUUUAAUUAUUAUUAUUAGGUGGUUGUCAUUACUUUUUCAUGGCAAAUGAAAUGGCCAAUUUGAAGGUCUUACCAUAUUAAAAAAAACACCGAAAAGAAAUUGGAGGAAUCGGUAACGAGACAUUGAAUGAUCCAAUUGGUUUCCAAAAUCUUAAAUCCAAAUUGAUAUGUUUACACGUGGUAACAGGAAAUACACCGGAAAUAUUUAUUUGAAAAGCAUAAUAAACAUUUUUAUAAUGUAUUAUUUUCUUGCUUUUUUGACAUUACAUCGAAGAGUAAGCCAAAUGUAUUUAGCAUCACCGAAAAGAAAUUGGAUAAAUCGAUACGUUCCCCAAGGGCCCGUUGAGUACUGCUCGCAGGGCUAGUUAUGAUUGACGCUUUCAGUGUUCCGGCGUUGGCGGUCAUUAUUUUUGACUGCAACCAAAACAAAACCCGGGUUUUGUGCCACUGUGAGUUCAUUGUAACUUGUAGCAACGUCACACUGGAAAGCUAAUGCUAAGCUAAAAUAGCUGCAGUGUCCAAUUUCCCCCUAUUCUCAUAACUUGACACUACUACUACUUCUUCAAGCAUUCUCCUCGAAAGCACUGAUAAAAUACUACUUCCAACAGCCAAAUCCUCGUAAGGCUUAGCGGAAAAUUGUGCCUGGUCGUGACAUUAACAUUUAAAUUGAAGGCCAAGUUCUUCCGAUCCACGUCGAAACGUACUCGAAAGUAUUUUCCGCUACUUCGAUUGAACAUAAGUACAUAACCCAUGUUGACUAUGUAGAUGUGUGUGUAAAUGUUUCCCAGCCCCGACACUAACUUUGAACUUUUUCAGUACCCGUGACGGUGAUACACGUCCGAUCACGUGGCUGUCGUUCCGCUGUGAAUUAAUCACGAGUAGACGUCCAAUCCAUUUGAACUGAGAGGGACGGCAGAAAAGGAACGUUCGAUUUUACAUCGGCUUUCAAUGCGGCCCUGGAAUUGCAGAAAAAGUCAACAGGAAGUGACCCAAAUUCAAUAGGAUGGGACCUGGAAAUCAACAGGAAAUGACAAAAAUAGGGUUGUUCCGAUCAUGUUUUUUUGCUCCCGAUCGUUUUAGUUUGAGUAUCUGCCGAUCCCGAUAUUUCCCGAUCCGAUUACUUUUUUUUUUUUUUUUUUUGCUCCCGAUUCAAUUCCAAUCAUUCCCGAUAAUUUUUCCCGAUCACAUACAUUUUGGCAAUGCAUUAAGAAAAAAAUGAAUACAACUCGGACGAAUAUAUACAUUCAACAUACAGUACAUAAGUACUGUAUUUGUUUAUUAUGACAAUAAAUCCUCAAGAUGGCAUUUACAUUAUUGACAUUUUUUCCGUGAGAGGGAUCCACGGAUAGAAAGACUUGUAAUUCUUAAAGGAUAAAUGUGACUUUGUAUAUUGUGACUAAAUAUUGCCAUCUAGUGUAUUUGUUGAGCUUUCAGUAAAUGAUACUGAACCCAUUUAACUGUUCUGCCCAAAUGCAUGAUGGGAAGUGCAACCAUGACUGUGCAAAGUGGCACCAAUUGAUAUAUCUUCUCUGCGUUGGGAAUAACAUAGGGUGUUAAGAAAAAAAAUCAACUACUACCUUUCUUCGCCACAUUGCUUCCCACGAUAUUUCUAAUUGUUGGGAGAGGGAUUUUAAGGCCUUUGCCAAUUAAAAAAAGGCUCUAAAAGCUGCCAAAAUUCACUCUACUCAUUUAUGCUGCCUUUUAGCUCUAUAUAUAGAGAAAGCGGCGUGAGUGGGUCGUGCACCGCAUGCGUCGAUUGUGGUAAAUACUUUAACGUGAUUAAUUUUUUAAAAAUUAAUUACCGCCGUUAACACGAUAAAUUUGAUAACCCUACUUUAACCAAAAACUAAAGACUCUGGAUGAGUGUAAGACAUUUUGUCUGUAACGUUAAUACAAUUAGAAAAUGAUUUAAUUAAAAAAAAAAAUUUUUUUUAAAAGGCAUGUCCGAUAUUUUUUUGCCGAUUCCGAUACUUUGAAAAUGACGUGAUCGGACCCGAUCGAUCUUUAGACAAAAACAACAAGAAAUUGCAUGGAAUUGAACCAAAAAUCAAGAGAAAGUGCCCUAAAUCAAUAGGAAGUGACCUGGGAAUGCCCAAAAAUCAACAGAAAAUGGCCCAUCCUCAACAGGAUGUGACCUGGAAAACCCCCAAAAUAAACAGGAAAUUAAAAAAAACAGAAGGAAGUGAAGAUAUCUGACCUUCUAUCCAGACCCGGGCCGGCGAGAUCCGACAACUAGGGCUGCAGCUAUCAAAUAUUUUAGUAGUCGAUUAAUCGAUGGACUAUUAAGUUCGAAUAAUCGAGUAAUCUGAUAAGGAAGAUGAAUAAUUAAAAUACCUGAGCUAAGCCUCAAACGGUAUACAUUUUUUUAAAAAUAAUUGAAUGAGGAUCUAAUGUACAACAAAAGAACAAUUGGCUAACUUACAUAGAAAAAGUCAGCUAGCUUAAAUGCUAUAAAAUGUUAGUUUUUUUUUUUUACAAUGCUCUUAAAAAAUGGUUCAGACACAUAUUCCCAGAAAAAAAAAACUAAAUUUACCUAUAAACCAAAUUGUGAAUGCAUUGAAAAAAUUAGCUCAAACAAAAACUUGGUCUUAACGGGGAGCAGUUGGAUUCAACCAUGUGAAAAGAGGCAGACCAGAGGGCAGUAUAUCCACCCUAAUCAAUAAAACUAAAUGCAAACACUUUCAAAAUAAACCAUUUCAACGCCACUUUAUUUAAACAAAUACUCGAAUCAACAAAAUUUAAUUUGAAUAUUUUUGUCCUAAUCGAAUACUCGAGUUAAUCGUUGCAGCACAAGUCUUAACCCUUUGUACUGACUCCAUUUUGAAAGGUUUAAAAAAGGCUCCCCGAAAACCAGUUGACAAUUUAUUCGGGUCGACAACGAUCAUCAGCAAGGUGAAACAGAGACAGACUCGGGCAGGGAGGCAAACUCGCUCCAAGGUCACCAUAUGACACGUCAACAAAAGGUUCCCGGGAAAAAUGACAACGCUUAGUUAAACAUUGUCUUUUGAAGGUUCUCGUGGGGCGGGCCGUAGGCAGGAAGAAGGGUGUGUUUGGGAUUAUUGUCUGUCUGUGGAUUGGACAUGAAGAUUCAGGAGUUACUGUUUUCCAGGCAACGAGGGUUGUGGAUUUUGGCACCUCAGCGUCAAAGGGGCUCAGUCGUGUUAUCCAUUGGAUACCAAGCGUUCUCCGGUGUUCCUUGUGUUGGGACAGGGCGUCCCGCCAUUUGUCCUGGACUGUCCGGGAGGACUGAUUGCAAGAGUUGGUCACUUCCUGUUAAUUUAGGAUCACUUCCUGUUGAUUUUGGGGCAGUUCCAGGUCACUUCCCGUUGAUUUUGGGGAAAUUCCAGUUCGGGAGUCAAUGGAACAUGCAUUUUUGGUCACGUCCUCUUGAUUUAGGGUCACUUCCUGUUGAUUUCAGGGUUAUUUUCAGGUCACGUCCCGUUGAUUCUAUGGCAAUUCCAGUCCGAAAGGCAGUGGAAAAUGCAUUUUUGGUUACUUCCUGUCAAUUUUGGGGCGAUUCCAGUUCGAAAGUCAAUGUAAAACAGAUUUUGGGUCACUUUCUGGUAAAUUUGGGUCGCUUCCUGUUGAUUUCAGGGUUAUUUUCAGGUCACUUCCCGUUGAUUUUGUGGCAAAUAUAGUCUGAAAGGCAGUGGAAAAUGCAUUUUUGGUCACUUCCUGUUGAUUUAGGGUCACUUCUUGUUGAUUUCAGGGUUAUUUUCAGGUCACGUCCCGUUGAUUCUGUGGGAAUUCCAGUCCGAAAGGCAGUGGAAAACAAAUUUUGGGGCACUUUCUGGUAAAUUUGGAUCACUUCCUGUUUAUUUUGGGGCAAUUCCAGUUCGAAAGUCAAUCCAAAACAGAUUUUGGGUCACUUUCUGGUAAAUUUGGGUCACUUCCAGUUGAUUUCAGGGUUAUUUUCAGGUCACUUCCCAUUGAUUUUGUGGCAAUUAUAGUCUGAAAGGCAGUGGAAAAUGCAUUUUUGGUCACUUCCUGUUGAUUUAGGGUCACUUCCUGUUGAUUAUGUGGGAAUUCCAGUCUGAAAGGCAGUGGAAAACAAAUUUUGGGUCAGUUUCUGGUAAUUUUGGAUCACUUCCUGUUUAUUUUGGGGCAAUUCCAGUUCGAAAGUCAAUCUAAAACAGAUUUUGGGCCACUUUCUGGUAAAUUUGGGUCACUUCCAGUUGAUUUCGGGUUUAUUUUCAGGUCACUUCCCGUUGAUUCUGUGGCAAUUAUAGUCUGAAAGGCAGUGGAAAAUGCAUUUUUGGUCACUUCCUGUUGAUUUAGGGUCACUUCCUGUUGAUUUCAGGGCUAUUUUCAGGUCACGUCCCGUUGAUUCUGUGGCAAUUCCAGUCCGAAAGGCAGUGGAAAAUGCAUUUUUGGUUACUUCCUUUCGAUUUUUGGGCAGUUCCAGUUCGAAAGUCAAUGUGAAACAGAUUUUGGGCCACUUCCUGUUGAUUUCAGGGUUAUUUUUAGGUCACUUCCCGUUGAUUUUGUGGCAAUUAUAGUCUGAAAGGCAGUGGAAAAUGCAUUUUUGGUUACUUCCUUUCAAUUUUGGGGCAAUUCCAGUUCGAUAGUCAAUGUGAAACAGAUUUUGGGUCACUUCCUGUUGAUUUCAGGGUUAUUUUCAGGUCACUUCCCGUUGAUUCUGUGGCAAUUAUAGUCUGAAAGGCAGUGGAAAAUGCAUUUCUGGUCACUUCCUCUUGAUUUAGGGUCACUUCCUGUUGAUUUCAGGGUUAUUUUCAGGUCACUUCCCGUUGAUUCUGUGGGAAUUCCAGUCCGAAAGGCAGUGGAAAUUGCAUUUUUGGUUACUUCCUGACAAUUUUGAGGCAAUUCCAGUUCAAAAGUCAAUGUUAAACAGAUUUUGGGUCACGUUCUGGUAAUUUUGGGUCACUUCCUGUUGAUUUCAGGUUUAUUUUCAGGUCACUUCCCGUCGAUUCUGUGGCGAUUCCAGUUCGAUAGGCAAUGGAAAACGGAUUUUGAGUCAAUUCCUGUUGAUUCUAGGACAUUUUCAGGUUACUUUUUGUAGAUUUCAGCAUUUCUGGUCAAUAAAAACAGUUGUUUUUUGUUCGUCUGAGCUCCCAGGUCAUUAGAUUGGACGUCUAUUUUCGUCAAGGUCACCGAAAAAGCUCAAUCGGUCGCCUAUCCCCGCUUCGGUUGCCGGCCGAGCUGAUAACAUGUACUUUUGUGGCCUUUUUGAAGGCCUGUGCUUUGCGUUUUAGUGUGUGUACAAAAAGACAAAAUGUAUAUGAAAAACGGUAUUUUGCGCAACUGUUCUUAGAGCAAAUAUAUUGUACAGUAUUGAGUAGUUCAUGCCCAGUGUGUAUAUAAUAAUACUGUAUAUGCAUAUCGUUUUUUUUUUUUUUUUGUGUGUGUUUUUUUUCCCGGCCUGUCCGCGUUUUGAGUCGUGCAAUUCGACCUCGAUCGUGUCCGGAUGCUAAUUUUAUGCUAAGGGUCAAAUAUUUUCUCAUUUUUUGACCGUAAACUCGAGUGGAUUUUUGUUUUCUAUCGCCGUUUCAAGUCAUUUGUGCUGUUUACAUACUGUACUUGUUCUCAUGUCGGGAUUAUUUGGGAGUGUUCUAAAAAAUAAUCCAGGUUGAUCUCCAUCGAGUUAAUUACUUGAAUACAUUUCCCCCCGUUUGUUUUUGUUUUUUUGGGACGAAACGUGCGAAAAAAACCAAAAUUAUUUAUGCAUGAUUGCUGUUUUUCAUUAGUUUGUUACAGAAGUGAACUAAGGUUUGAAAAAUCUGUCGUUACAUAAUUAAAAAAUAAACAGGAUUCCUUUUAUUAUCAAUAUUCAGGCUAACAGCUUUUGUCUUUUCUGUUUUCAUGAUACUAAAGGUCAGUUAACAAACUGACAUACACAAACUGGACACAUUUUUUUUUUAAUUUCGCUUUUUUCUGUUUUAAUCUAUUUUAAUAUUUGCAAACGGGUGUGUUGUCAGAUGACUAAUGUUUGUUUGAAUGCUUAAUCAAUUUUUUUUGGUUAC